AUGAACUCAAGCACAUGCCGAAACCCAGUCAAAAACCUGGUAGUUUCUUUAAAGAACUACCUCAGUGAAGGAUACUUGAUAGAUUCAGAUAUCAAUAAUAUUAAUUCACGUCUCACAAGAAUAUGUAAAUGGAUGAAGUCAACACAAUUUGACUUGGAUCCAUUUGUACCUCUGGCCACGCUGAUUCUAAAUCAUGCUUCUGACACUGAGGUAUGGAUAUCACUUUUGGAACUUGUUGACACGCUUGAAAAGAUAAUCGAGGCCCUAGAAGAAAAGUUAGACAACCCAGGUGCCAAAUCGAUGUUCAGGCGGACUGGGAUAACACGCGAAUGUUUUUGCAGUAAAUACUUCACCCAAAAGUCAUGGACAAAUGACUGUAUCGAACUGGCAAAAGAAUAUGUGAAGCGCUCCGGGGAAGAUGAUUUGAAAUUUCCAACAGAUCUAGACGAAAUUCUGGUGUGGGAAUGGAUGAAGAAUGUGGAAAACAAAAUUUUCCAUUCGUCUAAAGAAUCAUCGGAAACCUCGACAGAAUCAUCUUACUCUCUGCCGGCCCAGGCUGUACCUCUUUUGAAAGGUACUCAACAUCGCAUGAACCAAGCAGGCACAAUCGAUGGCGCACAAUCUGAGAGACAAGUUGACUACUACAUCACGCGGCGAGAUGUUUCGACUUCAUCUCAUGACUGGCGCGAUAUUCUCGUGAUUGGAGAGUUAACAAAGUCUCCAACAGAUGAGUUUAUGAAAAAUUUUCUACAGCACUCUGCGCUAAUGCGGGAGGUGUUUUUCGCACAACCACUUCGACAGUUUGUGCACGGGUUUAUCCUCUUUGGCAAGUCUCUUCUGCUCUGGGUAUACGAUCGGUCAGGGCCAUACUGUAGUUCAUUUAUCGACAUUGGCCAAUCACCGCAGACGCUUGUGUAUGUGAUGGCAGCGUAUAUGUCAAUGAGUGAUGCAGAACUUGGACUUGACCCAAACAUUAAGUACGAAGCCCAUCAAACUACGGUAACGCUAGAUGUUCCCGGACCAGAGAAGACGCGCGAGUUUAGACUUUUUCCAGAGCCAGUCGCACAGCCGACGACACUUGUGACAAGGGGAACCAGCUGUUACCGGGAUCUAGAUGGUGGUUGUGCGAAAGACGUGGAUGGCAUGGUGAAGCUUGUGGGAUGGCGCGACUCAGUAAAAAUUAGCCAACUUCGAGAAGGACUGAUAUUCACACAGGCAAUGGUGAAAGAUACGCGUCCAAAUGACAAAGCCAUGGCCACUCCACUUGGGUUCACUGAUGGUUUUAUGCCAGAUCAAAAGAAAAGCACCAGCAAGAUCACGAAGCGUAAGCGAAGGGGCGAAGUAAACGAAGCCGGGACUGAACAUGGACGGUCGAGUAAAAGGGCAAGAUCCUCAGCUGGAUCAUCAGUCAUGGCAGAAAGUGUCACGGAAAAUAGGCCAUCUGUAUCGUUGAAUGUCAUCACCGAAGAAGAUGUGUCUUGUGUUCCAGGGGAUGAAAGCACUAAUAAUGCCGAAAUCUCUAUUGGAGGAGACAGACAGUCUACUAGGGAGAAACGGAAGAACUUGGAGAGCGACGAAGUCAACGGUCGAAUCAAGAGGCUUCAACUUUCAAGCAAUGCAGACAAUGCAGACAAUGGAACAACUAACGGUAAUUCCGGCACCAGCAACUUUCCCGAUAUGGAAAAAGUCAUUGGAAUCUCGCCUUUCAUUUUCGGAAGUGAUCAUUUGAAUGUCACACACGAUAAUAUCUGGCCCGAAUUCAAAGUUAAGGUCAGAGUUGCAGGGAUCCGAGAUCGUCAGUACUCGGCCGUUGCGACAACGCCAUUUGGACGACCGAUACACAAGGUUGAAUCGCCAAUUGAACUGGUCAUCGGGCUGCGUGAUGCGAUCAAGGCGCACAGGUCACUACUCAAAGAUGCCAUGAUACUGCACCUGGAUAUAUCAGAAAAUAACAUUAUUUUGACUGGUUCCGAUGUUAGCAAGGACUGGAGGGGAUUCUUGAUCGAUCUAGACCUGGCUGUACUGCUGUCCGAUGACAAAGCUCAGAGAAAGACUCAGACAAUGACCGGGACUAUGGAGUUUAUGGCACUAGAACUUCUUAGUGGGAGUUGUGAAAAAACAGGUGCCAUAGUCAAUCAUUCAUACCGCCAUGACUUGGAGUCGUUCUUUUAUGUCCUCUUAUGGUUAAGUAUGAGUCGCGGAUGGGAAAAGGGCAAAGAACAGAACCGAGAUUACCUUUCGAAAUGGUUCACAGGGACUGCGAAAGAGAUCUUUGAAUUUAAGAAUACUCAAAUGAAAGAAUCAAAUAUCGAAGAAGAUGUUUUGAACAAGUUCUCGCCAAAGUUUUAUGGAUUGAGGAGGCUAGCAAAGGAGUUCUGGAGGAUAAUAUUUCUCACAAACGGAACAUUUUUUAUAGGAGCUUACAAGGAUAAUAACGCGUUGUAUAACUCAACCAUGGCGGCAUUUGAUGAGGAAAUUCAGAUGAUGAUAGUGUAA